AUGGGACAUUUGGCCGAGAAUUCUGAGUCUGCACCGCGAGAUCCUGCGUUCGAGGUUGACUGGGAACAAAAUGACAAGGAAAAUCCAAGUAACUGGCCUUUGUGGUACAAAUGCUUCACUGUUUGGUCUGUCUCACUGACUACGACAUGCGUGAUACUGUAUUCCACGUCCUAUACAUCCGGCUCCCCGGGAAUCCAAGAAUCUUUCGAUGUUACAUCUCGGAUUGUGGUGCUUCUCGGGCUGACCACCUACAUGAUAGGUCUGGGGCUGGGGUGUCUAGUUCUUGCGCCUCUGUCUGAAGUGUAUGGAAGACGGAUAAUCUACAUCAGUACUGGUGUCUUGUUUACUAUCCUAGUUUUACCGGUCGCACUGGCACCAAACUUCGAGGCCGUCGUGAUCAGCAGGUUUUUCGGUGGUUUCUUCGGCAGUGCCUCGGUAGUUGCUGGACCUGGCACUAUAAACGAUAUAAUCCACCCCGAGUACAGAGCUUUAGCGUUUAGUUUAUGGAGCCUUGGGGCAAUGAAUGGCCCGGUUCUAGGUCCUAUUAUCGGCGGCUUUGUUUACCAGUAUCUCGGAUGGCGUUGGAUCAAUUGGAUUGUGCUUAUAUGCGGUGGAGCAUCAACUGCAUGUCUCUGUUUGGUGAAAGAGACGUACGCACCCGUUCUGCUUAAGAGGCGACGAAAAGCGAAGCAAACCCAAACUGGUGAUACGCGCUGGUGGACGAAGUAUGACAGCCAAGCGGAAGAAAGUAUCUGGCAAAGGCUGCAGACUAGUCUCAGCCGACCAUUAAUUAUGGCUAUGUUUGAACCAAUAUGCUUGUUCUGGAACGUAUACGUGGGUGUUAUAUAUGCAGUGUUAUUCCUAUGCUUUGUCGGGUAUCCAAUUGUGUUUCAGCAACUCCGCGAGUGGUCCCCAGGACUGGCAGGGCUUGGCUAUCUGGGCAUUGGCACUGGUAUAGCCUUGGCUGUAUUCUCAGAACCCUUAGUCCGCAAAUUCCUCAUUGCAAAGCAUCCCCCCGACCCGAUCACAGGCAAGAUCCCACCAGAGGCCCUGGUACGACCAAUAUGCAUUGGUGGCAUAUUGAUCCCGGUUGGAGAGUUCUGGUUUUCUUGGACGGCCCGACCACCUGUCCAUUGGAUAUCAUACAUACUAGCGGGUGUCCCAUUUGGGUUGGGGAAUGGGCUGGUCUUCAUAUAUGCCACGAGCUAUCUGGCGGCUAGUUAUGGUAUGUAUGCCGCCUCUGCGAUCGCUGGAAAUUCGAUUGUUAGAUAUGUGUUUGGCGGAGUAUUGCCACUUGCAGGCUCGAAGAUGUAUGGGGUAAUGGGGGUGAAUUGGGCGGGCACGAUGUUAGCAUUGGUGGAGGUACUUCUGACAUUCAUCCCCUUUGUGUUCUAUCGAUAUGGGGCGAGGAUUAGGCAGCGCAGUCAGAUGGCUUCGAAGAUGAUCUAG